AUGGCUAUGAGUAAGAUCAGGGGGGCCUUUGCGGUCCCCAGAAAAGGAGAGACCUUCGAAUUGCGAGCUGGUCUUGUAUCUCAGUAUGCAUAUGAACGGAAGGAGUCCAUUCAGAAGACCAUCAUGGCCAUGACGUUGGGCAAGGACGUUUCCGCUCUGUUUCCGGAUGUCCUCAAGAACAUUGCGACCAGCGAUCUCGAGCAGAAGAAACUAGUAUACCUCUAUCUCAUGAACUACGCCAAAUCUCACCCGGACCUUUGCAUUCUCGCCGUCAACACCUUCGUACAAGACUCCGAAGACCCGAACCCCCUCAUCAGGGCUCUCGCAAUCCGGACAAUGGGAUGUAUUCGUGUGGACAAGAUGGUGGAUUAUAUGGAGGAGCCCCUCCGCAAGACGCUUCGCGAUGAGUCGCCAUAUGUCCGGAAGACCGCCGCGAUCUGUGUAGCGAAGCUCUUCGACCUGAACCCCGCUAUGUGCCUGGAAAACGGCUUCCUGGAUAUGCUGCAAGAGAUGAUUGGUGAUCCUAACCCCAUGGUUGUCGCCAACUCCGUCACCGCACUGUCCGAAAUCUACCAUGCUGCCCCUGAAACGCAAGCCCUCAAGGUGACCUCCAACACUCUGCGCAAACUUCUUAUGGCCUUGAACGAGUGCACGGAAUGGGGUCGAGUCACGAUUUUGACUACUCUGGCCGAGUACAGAACCAAUGAAGUGACUGAAUCUGAACACAUUUGCGAAAGGGUUGCUCCCCAAUUCCAACAUGCCAACCCCAGUGUUGUCCUGGCGGCCGUUAAGGUGGUAUUCCUCCAUAUGAGGAACGUCAACUAUGAGCUGGCGAAGAACUACCUGAAAAAGAUGGCUCCCCCGCUUGUAACGUUGGUGUCGUCGGCGCCCGAAGUCCAGUAUGUGGCUUUACGGAACAUUGAUUUGUUGUUGCAGAAGCAGCCUGAUAUCCUGAACAAAGAACUGCGGGUCUUCUUCUGCAAGUACAACGAUCCACCUUACGUUAAGUUCCAGAAGCUGGAGAUCAUGGUCCGCAUAGCGAACGACCGCAACGUCGACCAGCUUCUGGCAGAGCUGAAGGAGUACGCGCUGGAGGUAGAUAUGGACUUUGUGCGCCGCGCCGUCAAAGCUAUCGGUCAAGUCGCCAUUAAGAUCGAGAGCGCCAGCGAAAAGUGUGUCAACACCCUGCUGGAUCUCAUUAACACCAAGGUCAAUUAUGUGGUGCAAGAGGCGAUCGUGGUCAUCAAGGACAUCUUCCGCAAAUAUCCCGGCUACGAAGGAAUUAUUCCCACUCUCUGCAAGUGCAUCGAUGAACUGGAUGAACCUAAUGCGCGCGCUGCGCUCAUCUGGAUCGUUGGUCAGUAUGCGGAGAAGAUCAGCAACGCGGGUGACAUUCUUGCUGGUUUUGUGGAAGGCUUCAAUGAGGAGUUCUCUCAGACCCAGCUGCAGAUCUUGACCGCUGUCGUCAAGCUCUUCCUCAAGCGGCCCGAGAAGGCUCAGGGGCUUGUCCAGAAAGUGCUGCAGGCGGCCACGGCUGAGAAUGACAACCCCGAUGUCCGCGAUAGGGCUUACGUGUAUUGGCGUUUGCUGUCCAACACGAGCGACCCCAAUGCUACGAAGAACAUCGUACUGUCUGACAAACCGCCGAUCGUCACCACAAUCCACUCUCUUCCCCCGAAUCUCCUCGAUCAGCUACUGGGCGAACUCUCCACCCUCGCAUCUGUCUACCACAAGCCUCCGGAGCAAUUCGUUGGACAGGGCAGAUUCGGUGCAGAUGCCGUACAAAGAGCUGCCAUCGAGGAACAAAUCCAAAACGCUCGGGAGAAUCCGUUGGCGGCAGCGGCGGCAGCAGCAGCUGUUACUGGCAGUGCUCCGCCUCCGCAAGCCCAGAGCAACGUCGAGAACUUGUUGGAUAUCGACUUCGAUGGCACCGCGCCGGCAUCUGCUCAGAAAGAACCGGGCGCUGGGAUGUCAGGUCUCGAAGGCCUUGCUGGAACGCCCGUGCGGGUGGAAUCUCCGGCCGCAGGGGCACCUUCUGGAAGCAACAACCUGGACGACCUGCUCGGAGUGUUUGGCGAUGGCGCCGCCGCCGCCGCCCCAGCCAGCGGGAGCGGUGCUCCCAGUGGCGGUGCUGGUGCAGACUUGAUGAAUGGCUUUGAGGGGCUGGACCUGUCUGGAGGUGGCAUGGCUUCACCACCUCCUGGAGGAAGCCAGCCAAAGAAGACAAACGAGGAUAUUUUGUCGUUAUUCUGA